GUUAUUUCUUACUCAUUGGUAUUAGUAAGUAGAAACCCAGCGUAAGCCGGUAGUUGAUUCUCUGUGUUGAUAUUAAUUGUAGCUGGUUUAAUCCUUUUCAGCUAUUAGGGGACUAGCGCGCACAGCCUUCAACAAGUAGCAACUUCUUGAGCUUAGUACAACUGAGCACAAAAGCACAUCACUACAAACAACGAAGUGAAUCUCACUCCUAAUCGCAUAGCGAUCGUUGCAACAGAAUAUAACACAAAAUGGGGCGAAAAGAAACAAUUGGCGAGAAAACAUAUCGCGUUGUGAGCGAAAACCCGUUCAUCUCUUUAGGGGUGGCUCUGACGGGCGGCUGUUUGGCGGGGGCCUUUGUCUCGUUCCGCCAGGGCAAUCACCUGUACACUCAGUACUUUCAGAGGGGACGUGUGGGUGCCCAGGCCUUUACAGUCGGUGCGUUGCUGCUGGCGUUCUCUGAGGCGGAGGCGGCUAAGAAAGUGGCGCUGGUGGAGAGGAAGGCGGCUGAUGACGAGAGGUUUGAUAAUUUGUAAGCAGGGGUGCUGUAUAGAGUAUCGCUCGCGGUAUCAACUCGGCGGGUGCAACCCAGGGGUUUUCACGGGUAUAAACCAGGUUUAUUAGGGUGACGGAGAUGUGGCGGUGUCUGUGUGGCGCGAUUGGAUGUAUCGUUCUGUUGCGUUAGUACAGACUAACAGAGCGACGAGGAUUCAUUUGAGCACAGCAAAGGAACAGCAAAGGAAUGGUGUCUGGAGAGAUGGUUCAGUUGGCGCACAGUUACGUUAGUAGAAAGCAUAGUCUAAAACCUUGAACCCUGAAAGCAGAGAUUGUUAUAGAUAGCAAUCGUUUGUAGCGCAACUAGUAGGUUGCCAGGGUCGAGAUGGAGUCCAUAGAUCUUACCCUGAUUGUAUCACUCCGAUUUUAAAAAUAUGUAUUAUAAAGUAAAUAAAUUUAAAUAUAUAAAUUUAAAUAUAAUUGG